AUGUCUUACUUUUUCUCAACGCCCGUCGACAUCGACAUCGUGCUUGAAGACACUGAUGAUCGGUCCAUGGUCGAUGUCAAGCUCGACAAGAACCGUCGCGAGAAGGCACCUCUUUUUAUGGAUGGAGAGUCCGUCAAGGGCGCUGUUACUGUUCGUCCGAAGGAUGGCAAGCGACUCGAGCACACUGGUAUCAAGGUCCAGUUCAUCGGCACGAUAGAGAUGUUCUUCGACCGCGGAAACCACUAUGAGUUCCUUUCCCUCAACCAGGAGCUUGCCGCUCCCGGUGAGCUCCAGCACCCCCAGACCUUCGACUUCAACUUCAAGAACGUCGAGAAGCAGUACGAGUCUUAUAACGGAAUUAAUGUCAAGCUGCGAUACUUUGUCCGCGUCACCGUAUCGCGCCGCAUGGCCGACGUCAUCCGUGAGAAGGACAUCUGGGUCUAUAGCUACCGCAUCCCCCCCGAGGUAAACAGCAGCAUCAAGAUGGACGUCGGUAUCGAGGACUGUCUGCACAUCGAAUUCGAAUACAGCAAGUCAAAGUAUCAUCUAAAGGAUGUUAUUGUCGGGCGAAUCUACUUCCUCCUCGUGCGCCUCAAGAUCAAGCAUAUGGAGCUCUCAAUCAUCCGUCGCGAAACCACUGGGGCCGCGCCUAAUCAGUACAACGAGAGUGAGACCCUGGUGCGGUUUGAAAUCAUGGACGGAUCGCCAUCCAGGGGCGAGACUAUCCCGAUUCGCCUCUUCCUGGGUGGUUUCGAUCUCACCCCCACGUUCCGGGAUGUAAACAAGAAGUUCUCAACCCGAUAUUACCUCAGUCUUGUACUCAUCGACGAAGAUGCCCGACGAUACUUCAAGCAGUCGGAAAUUAUUCUCUACAGGCAAGCCCCAGACGCAGCCCCGGUCCUGGGCCAAGGAACCCAAUCCCUACCGCCAUCAGAGAAUAAGUUGGCGGCCAUGCAGGCAUAG